UUUCGCGUGUUUAAAUUUUUGAAAUUGCAUCUGGCCUACGUUGUACCCUUUUUCAUAUCUUUAAUAUGGAGCUUCGAAAGCGACUAUUGCACCCACAUUACGUCGCGCAUGCCCUAUUUGCAUCCGUAUAUCUUAUCGCUCGCUUUGCACGACCUUCAUGGAUACAGGCUUCUGGCGAGUUACAAGACCAUAAAUCGCUUCUUAUAUUACUUGGCCUUAGUGCUUGGAAGUAUGCAGUUUCCUGUACAGCUGAAGAACUUGUCAGUGUGAUCACGCUGUACUGCAAGACAUAUAGCGUUAUUAUGCUGUUUUCUUACGGCAAACCUUGGUGGGCGUUAAUAUAUGGUGCUUGUUGGAUUGGUAUAUUUAUGCUACUCCCUCAACCCCCAUACCUGGGUUCUUCCAAAGUGCUGGAGCUGACACUGGAUUCUGCCAAUAAGAUUUUGAGAACAGCGGAUGAACAGCCCAAAAUCGUUGAACUAGAUGAUGAUGACGAACCUCUACUUGAUGUUCCAAAGGCACAAUACUGGGUUGUUCUUGUAUACGCUAACUGGUCGGUUGCUUCUCGCAAUUUUGAAGCGGUAUUAGCACAGUUGUCGCUUAAAUAUGAUGGCAAAAAUGUUAAGUUUGGCAAGAUUGAUAUUGAGUUCUAUCCUACCUUUGCUGCGAAAUACGGAGUCAGUGGCGAAGCGGCAGCGUUUGAUUUGCCAACGCUGAUAUUGUUCAAGGAUGGUGAUGAGUUCAAGCGUCUCCCAGAGCUCUCUUCCAGUAAGCGUGCAGCCAAAGGGAAAACUUCAGCCCCAGAGCUUUCUCGUAAAGAUGCCGCGAAAGAUACUAUUAACCGCAUUGGCUGGAACCGCAGUCCUGUAAGUGAUUGAGCAUUGUAAUGUAUGUAAUUUGUCCAGCAGGUUAAUAUUGCUUUCAUUAGGCCUCGGUGAUAAAAUCGUUCCAGCUGGACCAAAUAUCUGCAGAUUAGAAAAUUGCAAGUUGAUCCAGUACACUUCUUAUAUGGCUUACCACUGUAAAUAAAAAGACAAUGACGCAAAAUGAAAUGUGUUAAAUAAAUGACUAUUAACCACA